AUGAACACCAGACCGCCCAUUGAGGCACCCAAUGAGCCGACGGUCUUGUCCGUGGCGUUUAACGACGAUGCAAGCCGUUUCAGCGUGGGGCUCAAUACGGGCCUCUGCAUAUUUCACACAUCAACCUGCACCCUCAACAUGGCCCGGGAUUUCAACGGGGGUCUUGCUCUCGUGCAGAUGAUGGGUAGCACCAAUUUUAUUGCCUUGGUCGGCGGUGGUCGCUCUCCGAAGUACCCGACCAACAAGGUCAUGGUCUGGGAUGAGGUCAAGGGCAAGGUCGCACUGGAGAUCACCACGCUUACUCCAAUCCGUGGCGUGCAGCUGACGAGAAAACACGUCGCUGUAGUGCUUCAGAACAGCGUCCGCCUGUAUGAGUUUGCAAAGCAGCCAAAGUCGCUGGCUAUGUAUGAGACUGCCGACAAUCUUUCGGGUCUUUGCUGCCUUACGGACAAGUGGCUUGUCUUUCCCGGUCGCACCCCAGGGCAGGUGCAAGUAGUUGAAUUAGCAACAGAGAACGUCAGUAUCAUUCCGGCCCACACAUCGCGGCUGCAAGCACUGCAGCUAUCGACGAACGGAGAGCUCCUCGCGACUGCCAGCGAGAAAGGGACAAUCAUCAGGGUAUUCUCGACAUCGAGCUGUGCCAAGAUUGCCGAAAGAAGGAGAGGAAGUGAGUCAGCACAGAUCUAUUCGUUACGAUUCAGUCCUAGCGGUCGCAUUCUGGCUUGCACCAGUGCCAAAGGCAGUCUACACGUAUUUGACGUCAAUCCGGCUUCCCAGGCAGCAAGCGCGAUGGAAAGUGCGAAUAAUCCCAGCACGAAUCGAUGGGGCAUCCUCUCCAAUAUCCCGUUUGGGCCCUUCCAGGACACUUACUCCUUCGCGACUGCCAAGUUCGAACUUGGCGAUGAGGCGGGAUUGAACGACAGCAUGGCCGUCCUUGGGACCACACGGCCCAUAAAAGGAGUCAUUGGAUGGACUGAGGAGAACUGUCUGAUCAUUGUGGGUGCUGGGACGGAUGCACGGUGGGAACGAUUUGUCCUGACCGCCGGCGAAAAUGGUACGCGGAUCCUGGUCAGAGGAGGGUGGAAACGAUAUCUCAGUCGGCAAUGA